AAGAUAUCCGUAACCUUCAAAUUAGGAGAUGCAUAUCAUUCUUAAAAUUUCACAAGAUUGGCGAAUCUAAAUAUUCAUCUUAAUACAAUGCACGUGUAGAGGGGUCAAAAAAGACAACAGAGCCUGCAGACUUCCGCGCAUGCGUAUUCGAGUGUUGCAUGUGCGAAAACCUCAUUCAAAAAUACAACUUCUGUUCCAAAUACCGAUCACUAUCGGCAGUGCUGUAUUUUCCCGAAUAUCAUUUAUGGUGUAUUCUGAUAUGACUUUUCGCUCAAGAUGCCGACUUGCAGUGAGCUGUUCAGAUAAUCUCAUGCCCUUGUUUUCUGACCCAGAAACUACAAAGUGUCGUAUGUGAAUGUGGUUUUUGAUGUUAAUCAGGUGUGUGUUAUGUCUUGGUACAGAAGGAAAUACAAGAUGCGCACAAACUUGUUGACACUUUGAAAGCGUGCAUCGGCGCAUUGGUUCUUAAAAGGGUGCUUCCGGCUUUAAGUGGGGAAAAGCUGAAAGAUGGAACAGAGUGAGAAUACCAUUGUGAACAUUAAUGUAAAACAGAAAGACUACAAUCGAGCAAUCGUGAUUGCAGUCUCAUCAGACGCGAUUUUUAACCUGGAAGAGGAACAAAAGCUCAGUGCAGAGGAGAGCAAGAGAGAGACUGAAAAGCAGCUAGGGACUGAACUGCUGAAGCCAGGCACUGCCUUCCCCUUUAUUAAGGCAGCUGAGAUGGUUAACAGGAAACUGCUGGAGAAAAAUCCUGAUGAAACACAUUUAUUUGAUGUGAUCCUUGUAUCUGAUAACAGACCCCAAAUCCGCACGCAGCUAGUCAACAGUGCAAAGCAUUAUGGUUUGGACAUCAGCAGAUUUUGCUUUUUCCGUAAUGAUGAUUUUGUAGACCACCUGCAGUCAAACAAUGUGAAGUUGUUCCUGUCAACAGAUAAGACCAAUGUUUGCAAGACUCUGAAGAAAGGAAUUCCAGCAGCUCUCCUGUUCAGGCAGGAUGCCCAGGCACCCACAGACCAGCUGAGGAUCCUCUUCACUGGGGACGAUGUGCUCUCAAACAGCGCAGAGCUCGGGCUGAGGGGAGGAGAGCUCGCUGAACCUGUGGACUCCAAGAAGGAGCUUCAGAAUGCAACUGCAGCAAAGGGGGCAAUGAAAGAGUUUGCAGGACUAAUAGGGGAGAUGAGAAGGAAGUUUGGCCGAGACAGCAGCCCCUUAUGUACCUAUUUGAUGACAGCCCGGAGCAAUAAGGAAGUGAGCUCCAAGGUAAUACAGUCACUUCGCGGCUGGGGACUGGAGGUGGAUGAAGCUUUUUUCCUGGUUGGAGCCCCAGAAGGACCUAUUCUGGCCCAAAUUCAGCCUCACAUACUUUAUUCUCCUGGUCUGCAGAGCUUGCAGAAAGACCAAGAAGAUUUCUGAUGGGUUUCUUGUAUUAUUAAGCUACAGAUGAGUAGGUUGAACACCUGACUGCAGCCUCUCAUUCGCAUCCUUUCUUGAGUCAGAAACACGGGCACCAGCUUCCUAACAAUGAGCACCAAAUGGGACUAAGGGUUAAAAUAUAACACACUUGCUUCUCUUGGAGCUGUGCAUGCUUAAAUGAUUAUAUGAUCACGGAUAAUAUGAUUAUGGCAUGGGAUGAACUGAAAUAUAAUCAGCUUGUUUUGAUAAAAAAAAACUGUAGCUGCUGUUUGUUUUUAAAAUCUAUUCACAAAGUGAAUUUCAAAGUAUUUCUUUAGAAGUACUAAAUUUCUCCCAAGUUUCCAAGAUCUUAUUAUCAUUAAGUCCAUAUUAUAAAUGUCAUGCCUUGAAAACUCUGAAUACUGCAGACUGCUUUUUGAAGGUAAAUAUUGUGUUUUUGUAAGUUAUUCAUGUUAACACACUGUAAUUCCUUAACUUUGGAAGAUGUUAUCUACACAAAGAACUCAUUGUUAAACAAUUUGCAUGUUACCUCACAACAAAGUGCCAAUGUGGAGUGUCAUUUUACUGGGUUUUGUACAGUCUUUCAUUCUAACUGGAGCCAAAGCAAAGGAGAAAUAUUAUAUAAGAUGUUUUGGAAUUUUCUGAGAUGCCUCCGACUGCAAGUGCACAAUCCAUAAUACAUAAAGCCAAAGCCUUUCAGAUUGAAGACAUUGAACAGGGAUUAAAUUAUCCCAAUUCUGUAUAUAAAUAGUGAUUUAAACUAUUGUGAAUUUUUUUUUUCAUAUUAUUGCUUCUGGGUCCAGCAUCUCACUCACACCUGCAGAUGAAAACAAUAUAAUGUUUUAUCAGUUUCAUUCCUUACUAUGGCUUAGAAUCCUGGUUGCAGUUAGCUGCCAAUGGAGAACACAGUUUGUCAUUAAUUAUGUAUAUUGGUAUUUUCUGUGGUUUUAUAUUAUUUGUACAUAUUCCAGAAAAUGACACCUUACUAUAGCCUGAUCAUAGAAGACUUGUAAAAAGGUUUUUAUGCUGAUAUUUCCUUGCAUUGUUUUUACAGAUUUGCUUUCACACUAGAGGUGUAAUUUUAUUUUUUAUUAUUAUCUGGUGCCUGUUACGAAAAACUGUUACCAGGAUUACCAUCCUGCGAUGUUAGUGUUUCCAAGCUUACUGCUUUUUGUUUCAUUCUCAAUUUUGAAUCUCUUCCACCUCCACAAUAAUCACUACUUUUACGGUUUCAAUAAAAAUACUUUGUCCAGUUCAGUUUUCACAAACGUACAAAAAAUGAAAUACUAUUGACAUUAUUACUAUGUUCGAUGGUUUUUAGUUGGAGUGCUGAAAUGUGCAUAAUAUAAGUCAUUCUUAUUUCAGUGAAUAAAUACAUUCAUUUAUAUAAUAAAUAUAUUCAUAAAUAUACACAUGAAAAAAUGGUCCUCAAGCUUGUCAAUGUCAAUAGAAAUAUUACUUGAAAUGUUACAUUUUUCUUCCUAUUUUUGUUCAUAAUGAUAAAUUACAUAAUCCAUGCAAAUUUGUAGAUUCAACAGAGUAUGACACAGCUAAAACAAAUUGCAAAAUUGCAUUUCUAAACAAUCAUAUGAUUUAGUUCUGCUGAAAAAAAACUAAUAAAACAGUCAGAUGAGGACUGAAAGGUCUGGA